GAGGCGGGGCCGGUCAGUCCCAGAGGCUUAGGGGCCGCGGCUGGGUUGAAUCAGUGUCUGCUGGGGUCUGGGAUCUGGGCUGUGACGACGUGAGGCGAGGCGGCGUUGCGCAGUGGACACCAUGUCGAGGCAGGCGAACCGUGGCACCGAGAGCAAGAAAAUGAGUUCUGAGCUGUUCACCCUGACCUAUGGCGCUCUUGUCACCCAGCUGUGCAAGGACUAUGAAAAUGAUGAGGACGUGAAUAAGCAGCUGGACAGAAUGGGUUAUAACAUUGGAGUCCGACUAAUUGAAGAUUUUUUGGCACGCUCAAAUGUUGGAAGAUGUCAUGACUUUCGGGAAACUGCGGAUGUCAUUGCUAAGGUGGCAUUCAAGAUGUACUUGGGCAUCACGCCAAGUAUCACAAAUUGGAGCCCAGCUGGCGAUGAAUUCUCCCUCAUCCUGGAAAAUAACCCGUUGGUGGACUUCGUGGAACUUCCCGAUAGCCACUCAUCCCUUAUUUACUCGAACCUCCUGUGUGGGGUGCUGCGGGGAGCCUUGGAGAUGGUCCAGAUGGCUGUGGAGGCCAAGUUUGUCCAGGACACUCUGAAGGGAGAUGGUGUGACAGAAAUCAGGAUGAGGUUCAUCCGGCGGAUUGAAGACAAUCUCCCGGCUGGAGAAGAAUGAGCAGCUCUAGGACUUUGGGGCAGCCGGGAGCAGUGCCUGCAGGGAUGAGCAAGGUGGGCGCUCCCUCAGCCUCGGAACUCAGUGACUUUGAAGCCGAUGUUAUAUAUUCUUCUAACCUUAUUUCCAUUCUCCAUGCUAAUAAAGAGCGGACUGGUAGUUUGCUUGCCGUACAAGUAUGCACCUCAGAAGGGGGGUUCUCUGCUCACUUCCCUUCAGAGGGGCAGGAGGUACCUGCCCUUGACUGGACUACGAGAGUUCGAACCAUUUUACAUUCCUGUGAAUUUUCCAAAGCAAAACCCACUUUGACCCCAUGAAGAGCCGAGCCUGACACAUCUAACGCUGAACUGUCACGACCCCAUUGGCAAAUGGCUGCAGGGAGCCUUGGGUUGUAGGGGAGGGAGAACGCUGGGAAGGGGUAGGUAGGAAUUGUUGGCUGUAGUGACACGCUGUAGUCUUGCCAGGCCACGGAAGCCAGUCAUGCCGGAAGCACCGGCUUCUGGGAAGCCACCCAGGUCUCAUUCCUCCCUGCUGUUUGGAGGCAACAUCUCCUCUUUUUACAGAGGGUCCAUCCUUUUUUCUUACAAAUUCAUCAAUAAAGAGACAUU